CGGGAGAACGGAUAUAGUGAAUGCAGGGUCCGGGGAGAGCGGAUAUAGUGAAUGCAGGGUCUGGGGAGAGCGGAUAUAGUGAAUGCAGGGUCCGGGGAGACCAGAUAUAGUGAAUGCAGGGUCCAGGGAGACCGGAUAUAGUGAAUGCAGGGUCCUGGGAGAACGGAUCUAGUGAAUGCAGGGUCCGGGGAGAACGGAUAUAGUGAAUGCAGGGUCCGGGGAGAGCGGAUAUAGUGAAUGCAGGGUCUGGGGAGAGCGGAUAUAGUGAAUGCAGGGGUCCGGGGAGACCGGAUAUAGUGAAUGCAGGGUCCGGGGAGACCGGAUAUAGUGAAUGCGGGGUCCGGGGAGACCGGAUAUAGUGAAUGCAGGGUCCGGGGAGA